AUGGAAACCCGGUUUGUGACUAUACUUUUUUCUCUGGUUUAUAUGCGUCAUUCUGCAAGUGCAGCUCCAAAUACUACCAACUUUGAAUCUUCAGCUCUUCCGUGGGACCCUCGAUUGAAUCCAAGCGUCGGUAACGGGUACUUAGCUACAACUGUCUACAGCGACACUGUGUAUGUGUCUGGUGUUUACAACGGACGAGGCACGCAAACUCCAAGCCACCGAGCGAGAAUUCCUUCAACCUCAGCUAUUGUUCUACGAAGCAAUCUAAGCUCCAAUGCAACCAAGGAAACUUUUAGCCUAAACGUUGAACAAGGAGUGUUUUAUCACCGCCUAAUCGUCGACAAUUUCACGUUAGAGGAGAAAAUUUACGCUCAUCGUGUUCACCGGCACUUGCUUGUCACGGAGAUCGAAGUCAAGAACAACAUGCGUGACCCUGUAAACUUGUUUCUGACUAACGUUUUCGGACCGCCGAGUGCUGACAUUGGAUUUCAAAUACAAGAUUUACCAAGAAGCUCCCCAAAUGACCCCAAGAUCAAUGCCAUGUCAGGCUAUAUCAAAAUAACAGAAGAACCUGACAGUAAAAGGGAAGGCGUGGCCGUCGUCUGGGGGAACAUACCUCCUCAUGUUGUGAUCCAGCCCUACUCUGAGACUCAAACUUUGUACUACAUCACGGCAAUAGCGACCACUUUAGAUGGUAAUGAUUUUGAAAACAUUGCUCAUGAAGCGUACACAGCAGCUAUCGAGAAACCAGAAGAACUCUUUGGAAGUCACGUAAGUAAGUGGAAAGAAUUAUGGGAUAGAGGACGGAUUGAGCUGGAAGGAAAUCUCACUUUAGCUCAGGCAAUCUCCGGCAGUCUCUAUUACAUACUCAGGUAAGGAUUGCCAAAAACCUAACGAAAGUUUUGGAUUUUAUUAACGAUCCGCCUACAAGCGUGUAACUAUGUUCGUAAAGUGGUUUUAUGUACGUGAAGAAAGUGUUUUCAGGGAGAUAAGGACACUGAACAGAAUGAUCCAUAUUUUAAGCCUCAAGUAUACUUGCGUAAUAACGUGCGCCGACCCUCUUAAUAACCGUUAAUAUUGUGAUAUGACCCUGUGAAAAAAUCCUAACCAGACGGAAAUGGAUCACGAAAGGAUUGCUACAGAAACAAAUGUCUGUCAGAUGUAGGUGUCAUUAUUUCCUUAUGUACAAUUAUUUAAUUACAAGGUUAUUGUCGCAUAACGGUAAGUUAAAUUAUUCUUAAUAUGCAUGACCCCGGUUACACCUCAAAAAAUCUGAUGACACACCAGUCGGCAAUAAACUCCUUCAAUCACCAGAUUAAGAUCCAAGAUCCCAAAGACCUUGAUAGGUUUAUUUUAACAUCAGCAAGGAGAACUUGAGGUAAUAUUAUUCAGCCGGGGAGUUUAGAUCAGCUUGGGUUAGGAUAUUAUUCAGUUUAAAUAUGCCGAAAGUUUUGUCUCGAUCGACUAGCUAGCCAGUGAAAGGGAUUAUUCUUGCCACCAUUAAUAGUUUUACAGGAGGAAUUUGACCCUAUCACUUCUAGGUUUUCGGGGCUAAUCCCAAAUUUCCUUCUGUAAAGCUGAAGAAUUUUUUAAAAGAGAAUUAAAUUUGGCAUUAAAUAGUACUAAGGGAAAGUAAUGCCAAAGAAGUUUCAUUUGAAUGUUCACACCUUAGCAUUUCGUCAGCACAGCCUGAAAUUACUACAGUUGAAGUUACAGACUUCUGGCGCGGAAAGCCAAUGAUAAUUAGAAGGCUUAAAAAUGCCAAAUGGAAACCUCGAUAGAAUGCAUAAUCAAAUAGGAUUAAUUUCCAGGUCAGACAUGGAGACCUUAGGCAGCUCCAAGUUUGUAGAAAAAAAAAACAUCCAUUUUACAAGGUUUUGAGCACGUCGCUUCUUUUCUGUCGCUGUGGAUUGUGGGUGUUGUAUCUUUGAGUUACUAGGAAUGGAUGCAAAUAUGUCGCCUACGACAAAUUAAGUCGGCCGAAAACUACUGAACAGCUCCCAAGAUUCCCAACGCCAUAGAUUCAAGAUCGCGGUUCAAAGACGAGAAUUGCUAAAUGGUCUGAUGUCCUGAUUUGACAUUCAUACAUGCAUAGGGUAUUAGCGAAAAAUGUAACCGAAAAAGUGUGUUAUUCUUGCAUUUGUAAUUAUAGUAAAUUUGCCUGCAGAGUAUCUAUGAAUCUCAUACAUUUUUUGUUAAAAAAACCCAAGGUCACGUGAUCAAACAGGGCAUAGCUCGGACUUUUUCAGAGAUACUGCUCACAGUUUUCUACAUUAGCCCCUUCCCCCCCCCCCCCAACCCCCCCUCACGCAACUUUUGUCCUUAGUAUGGAAUUCUAUAAAGAAUGAGGCGCUACCCAUUUUGUAGUGCCGCUGAGAAGGCAUUUCUAGGGUGCAGAAAAGAAAACUCUGGACAGCGUAUAGAGUGUUACCAACGAACAAGAAAGAAGACAGUCGUUGGGUGCCCCUGAGGAUUUGAUCCUUGACUGUGUGACAUCGGGGGAGGGGGGGGCGGGAUUGUGGUUAAUGUAGAAAACUUAAUUAACGUGAUAGAGUGUGUUCUUUCUUAAUUUGUUAAUUAUGUGAAUUUUGCAGCAGAGGAUUCAUAAAUCUCAUAUAAUUUUUUUUAAAAAAAACCAAAGUCCCCUGAUUAAAAACGGCAUAGCCCCGACUUUUUCAGAGAUACUGCCCCCAGUUUUCUACAUUAGCCCCCCCCCCCCCCCCCCAAUCCCCUACUCCACGUCUUGCAAAUCAUUUUGAUGCCGUUUAGACGUGAUGAGAUUUGCUUUUUUUGUCAGUUAGGCCACAUAAUCAUUGCUCGAAGCCUUCAGGCAGCACGCGGUGACUGCUCUCGCAUGUGGAAAAUCGAGGAGAGCGGCGCAUUAUGCUUUUAAAAAUUAAUCUUGCUAAAUUAGAGCGAUGUCUCAUUGGCGAUUCCACUAUUUUCAGCAUCUUUUGUUCUCGUACUGCUUUGUUUUGUGUGUGUGUGUGCGUUUUUUUUUUUCUGCCAUUUUUCAUGUAAGAACGUGCAUUCGGGCGUACAGGUACCUUUCGCAGUAUAAGCGGCUUUGUCGAUUUGUCGGAACUGCCAACAAAAUGGCUACUCAACCAAUGUUAAGGGUGGGUCACUAUAGAAUAUACUCUUCAAAAAUUGCCUUAUGAAGAGGGUACCAACUUCUCUUUGUUCCAUGGGUAAAUGCAAAAGAGCUGUUUUCAAUGUAUCUGGUAGCUGCCACCAUAAAAAAGACACAAAAGUCUUCUAAGUCUUUGUCUUGAAAAAAUGUAUCGACUCUCCAAAAUCAAUUUUCUUUCAGUAGUAUGAACUGACGUCAUGUAAAGAACAUCUUGAUAAGUCAUUGACCCAGACGUUGCAUAAACUAGCCAUACGUGCCUCAGAAAACUUCGUGAAGUUCUGGAAAAGGGCCAGCAAUAGGAAUUGUUAAGUGUAAAGGGACAAAGUAGAUAUUGACCUUAAACGCUUCCGGAUUAAUAUUAGUGAGGGCAGUUGAAACGUUAAAGACACAGAAUAGGUUUCGUUCACAAACGAGAAAAUAACCGGUAAGAAAAGUUGAACCACUUAUCUCCAAGGUCGGAAUUUUUGCAGUCCUAGGACUGAGAACUCGUGGAGGUGAACAAGGCUUCCGAAAGGCUUGCUAAAUCUUUUGAAGGAACUUAUUACUGAAUAACUUCUGAAGGAAAUGGAAAAGAAACAUUCGUGAAGUGCUGUUCCAUUCUGAUGACUACGUAGCUUAUUUGAUAUUUAUACAGUAAUUUAUUUAUUUAUUUAUUUUUGUGCUCUGAUGUACAUUGCUUUAUGAAGACACGGAACUUAAGCAGGGAAAGCUUGAACUGAUCUGUCUUUUUUAAAGUACGUUUCCUUUCUUUAUCAUCAGCUCUCUUCGCCCCUCUUGGGUGUUCGGGCUGAGUCCAGGAGGCCUGGCUACAGAUGGUUAUGAUGGUCACGUGUUCUGGGAUCAGGAGACCUGGAUGUUUCCGCCAUUAGUCCUGCUGCACCAGAAUUUGGCGCGAACCUGUCUUGCUUACAGGUUUGAAAGACUCCAGGCUGCCAAAGACAAGGCAAAAAAAUACGGUUUCAAGGGUAAGCGCAAAUUGAUCAACUCUAACUAGGUACUGCUUCGCCUUGUUUGCACAUAAAAUUAUUUCCCUCAGAACGGGUUCGUUCCUGACCCCCAACGCAAAAAUACUAAUUUUCUCACUGUUGCUCAAAGGCGCCAUGUUUCCCUGGGAAAGCGCCCUGACUGGCUCAGAAGUGUGCCCUGGUGAAAUCUACUCCGACUAUGAGCAACAUAUUGUCGGUGAUAUUGCAAUUGCCGUCAAACAACUCUGGUCAGCAUCCGGAGAUCAACAAUGGCUUGAGAGUCAAGCUUUCCCAAUCAUUCAAGCCACCGCGGAGUUCUGGGCCAACCGUGCAGUGUACAAUGAUUCUAAAAACGGGUAUGUAAUCUAUAACGUUAUGCCACCGGACGAAGAUGCUGAAGUAGUGAACAAUUCGGCUUACACGAACAUGAUCGCGAAGAUGAAUCUUGAAUUCGCGUACGAAGUUCUGCCGAACGCUUCCGACAGUUGGAAAACCAUUGCCGAACAUAUGUAUGUCCCGUUUGAUGCUACGAAUAAUUACCAUCCUGAAUACGAUGGGUAUCGAGGUAACGAAGUGAAGCAAGCGGAUGUGAUUUUGCUUGGAUUUCCUUUGAUGGUAAACAUGAGCUUAGACGUUCGGCGCAGUGAUCUGAGUUUCUAUGAACCCAGGACAAAUCCGAAAGGACCCGCCAUGACGAAGUCAAUGUUUGCAAUUGGCUGGUUAGAUGUAGGAGACUACGCUCGCGCUGAGAUUUCCUUCAGUGAAAGCUAUGUGAACGCAAAGGCGCCGUUCAUGGUUUGGACUGAGGGAGCAGACGGUGGCGGAGCAGUCAACUUCAUCACUGGCGCUGGGGGAUUUCUCCAGUCACUGUUGUUCGGAUACGGUGGAUUACGUCUCCAUGGUAACCACCAACUGCACUUCAAUCCCAUGCUCCCACCAGGAGCGACACAAAUGAAGUUCAUUGGAGUAGAUUACCAUGGAAAUAGUAUUAAUUUUGUGAUUGGGGAGUCUCAAUCGCAAAUUUUGGUUACAUCACGCCAGUCAUCCGCUCCAGUACUCCAAGCGGUGAUUGUUAGAACCGAAGAAAAGCGCCGCUUGGACAUUGGCUAUAGACUAGAAAUUUCUAAUGAACUGCUGAUUAUAGAGCCUAUUCAAGCUAAUUUAAACGUCUGA